CCGCCUUCCCGGGGUGUCAUUCCCGGAGACACGGGAGGCGUUCCGGAGUGAAACCUCCUCUGACGCUUUGCCACCUACACGGAAAGGGCGCGGUGUGCAAUGGGAGGUUGAUAAUGUCGCCGAGGGCCACUGUGAGGGUUCCCGCGCACCUCGGGGAGAGCGUGGCCGGGUGGUCUCCUCCCGCCAGCCCCGGCUGGGUCUCCGUGCGGGCAGGAAGGACAGGCAGCCGCAGCAGGGCUGUGCGACACCCCUGGGGGACACCUCAGGGCUUAACGGGGUUUAGCGCAGCUCACAAGACAUGCUGGGGUGACACGAGGACGCUGGCAGGCGGCAGUCCCCAGUCCCACAGAAGGGCUGGUGACCCGGGGGGGUGACUGCACUGCUGCGGCAGGGAGCCCGUAGGGAGCGCGCCGUUCUGCUGGCACUGUCACUGCUCAGCACUACUGGGGGUGGCUCAGGCCCGUGGUCGCCCUCACACACAGCCGAGAACUCGAGAGAGCUCCUGCUCCCCCCUCUUGCACCCCUUCUUUUUCGGUGCUGCUUGAUACAAGAUUACGCAGGUGCAUCCCCACAAACGCAGCUGGGCUCUGUGCCCCCCCAGGUUGUGGUUUCACCGCGGGCACGGCUGGCGCGGAGGCGCGGCGUUGGCGGCGGCAGCGCAGGUGCCGGGAGGCGCGUGCGGUCGCCGGCGAGGCCGGGAGCCGGCGGGCGGUGACCGCCUCCUUCCUGCGCCGGCGGCGAGGCGGGCGCGGGGCCGCGGCUGCGGCAGCAGCGCCAUGUGCCAGCGCCGCCGCGAGGGACCGGGCGGCCGGCAGCCCCGCGGAGAGCCGGGGGCUGCUGCCGCCGCCCGCGGGGCUGCGAGCAGCCGGGAGGGGAGCGCCCCGAGCGCGGGGCUUUGGGCUCUGCAGGUGGCAGACCACGAGGUGGGCCCGCGUACGCUCUCGCUCGGAUGUGGGCUGCAGCCCGCGAUGCCCGUCGGGUGCCUCUUGGCAGGCGGCGGCAGCGGCGUUGGAGGCCCGGGGGGUGCAGGAAGGGCCCCCGCAGGGCAGGUGCCGUGGGGGGGCUGUCUCCCCCCGGUUGCAUCCGGGUGCCAGCCCACUGCGGCGAGGCGUGUGACGGCAGAAGCGCGGGCGAGGCUCAUAUUUGGGCACGGAGCAGGGUAUUGGAGGCCGCGGCCCCGCGGGCGGGAGAUGAGGCGCCUGAUAAAGGCCGCUGCCCCGGGGCUGCUGCGCGCAGGGGCUCGGGCGCUGGCGAGAGGCGGCCCGGCUGCGCGGGCUCGGGGCCGGCGGCCAUGGGGCCGCUGCUGGCGCUGGGGCUGCUCGUGUGCGUGCGGCUGUGUGCGGGUGAGUGUCGGGCGGGCGGCAGCGGGGCCCGGCCGGCGGCGGGCCCGGCUCAGCAGCCUCCGUGCCGCAGGCUCCGGGCAGCUGCGGCUGGUGGGCGGCGGCGGGCGCUGUGCCGGGCGCCUGGAGAUGGAACACGGCGGGAAGUGGGGCUCCGUGUGCGCCUUCGACUUCGACGGGGAAGCUCGCUGGGCCGCCGUGGUGUGCCGGCAGCUGGGCUGCGGCCGGGUGGCCAGGGCGUCCCUGCACGCCCCGUUGGGGCAGGGCAGCGGGCGGAUCUGGCUGCAGCCUUUCUUCUGCAACGGCACCGAGGAUGAGCUGAAGAACUGUCUGCACUUCGGACCGGGACAGCAUUCCUGCGACAACGAGUGGGAUGUGGGGGUGACCUGCACAGAUGCCGUGGAGCUGAGGCUGGUGGGCGGCGGUGGUCCCUGUGCCGGGAGGGUGGAGGUGAAGCUGCAGGGACACUGGGGCUCGGUGGCAGACGACAGCUGGGACAUGGAGGACGCCGAGGUGGUUUGCCAGCAGCUGGGCUGUGGCUCGGCUUCCCGGGCCUCCUCUGCCCUCAAGAGCUUUGGCGAAGGGAACAGGCUGGUCAGCCUGGUCCUGGUGGACUGCAGUGGGGACGAGGCCAUGCUCUGGGACUGCAAGAUCCGUGGCUGGGGACCCUAUAACAUCAGCAUCCUGUACAGGGACGCUGCUGUUGUGUGCCAAGGCUUUUCCCAGCUGGUCGGAGGCGAUGGAGCCUGUGCCGGGCGGCUGGAGGUGCGUCAGGGCCGGGCGUGGGUCGGUGUCUGUGCGGAUCAGGUGGACAUGAAGGUGGCGCAGGUGGUGUGCAGGGAGCUGGGCUGCGGUGAGGUGAUCGGCAUCGCCGGCAGUGGCCGUUUUGGGGCGGUGUCGGGAUCGCUGUGGGACGGGGGCUUCCGGUGCAAUGGCACCGAGCCCCUGCUCAGUGCCUGUGCCCGGCGUCCGCGCCACGGCCAGGCCUGCCCCGGCCCUGGCGGCGUCAUCUGCUCGUCCUACACGGGCUUCCGAGUGGCGAACGGCAGCUCGGGCUGCUCCGGGCGAGUGGAGGUGGCGGUGAGGGGCACGUGGGGCUCCGUGUGCGCCAGCGAGUGGGAGCUGCCCGAUGCGCACGUCCUGUGCCGGCAGCUGGGCUGCGGCCGCGCCCUCAGCGUGGCCCCGGGAGGCUCCUUCGGCAGCGGGGAGGGGCCGCUGCGGCCGGACGCCUUCGGCUGCAGCGGGAGCGAGCGGCACCCGGGCGAGUGCCCCGUGGCCGUGCUGGGGAAGCCGCCCUGUGCCCCCGGAAACACCGCUGCUGUCAUCUGCUCAGGCACUGCUGAGUCCCUGCGGCUGGUGAAGGGUGACACCCGCUGCAAUGGGUUUCUGGAGUUGGCCAGAAGAACCGGGGACUGGCGCCGUGUGCCAGGAGAGGUUUCGCUCCUACGGAAUUUGAGCAAUGUGUGCUGGGAGCUGGGCUGUGGAGGACUGGAGAAGAAUGACGUUCUGAGUGGGAAAUCCUUCCUGGGGAGCCUAGAGCUGACGGAGCGGGAGAUCUUGGAAACGGUGGUGAAAACCAUUGUGCAGAUGACCACUGAUCUGACCACUAGGACCAUACCUGAGAAUUAUUUUGGGAGUCGUUACCAAUACAUGACCACUGCACCAGCUGACACCCCUCAUGGGACCAACAUCGUCUGCUCAGGCAGCCUGCAGGUGAGGCUGGUGGGGAGCUCUGGGCGCUGUGCCGGGCGUGUGGAGGUCUAUUCCGGUGGCGGCUGGAGCUGGGUGUGCCAGGAAGGCUGGGAGCUGCAGGACGCGGCCGUUGUGUGCCGGGAGCUGGGCUGUGGCACGGCCCUGGAGGCCCCGAGCUGGGCGCGGUUCGGGGCCGGCACGGGGCCGCUGUGGCCGUACAUCCCCGAGUGCUCCGGGUCCGAGGAGUGUCUGUGGCGAUGCGGGCGCAGGGAACGGCGCGAGUGCGGGCGCGGCGGCGGGGCAGGGGCCGUCUGCUCAGAGCAUCUCUCCGUGCGGCUGGCAGGAGGCCCUGGGAGCUGCCGGGGCUUCCUGGAGCUGUUCCACAACGGCACCUGGGGCCGCGUGUGCGCCAACGGCACCGGCCCCGGCACCGCCGCCGCCGUCUGCCGCCAGCUGGGCUGUGGGCCCCGGGGCCGGCUCUCGGAUGUCCCUGCCCUGGAGCCGACCGACGCCUGGCUGGCCUGGCUGGGCUGUGAGGACGGGGCCCGCUCGCUCUGGCGCUGCCCCUCGGCGCCCUGGCACCCGCAGAGCUGUGGCACCGGCGGGCACGCCCACGUGGAGUGUGAGGGCAGCAGUGCUGGCACCGCUGAGGGACACACCAGCCCCUCUCCGCAGGCUGCCAGCAGCACAGGUGUCCCCCGCAGAAGGGCCCCGGCCGUGGCUGUGGGGACUGUGCCUGUGCCCACGGUGCUGUGCGUGGUGCUGGGGACGCUGCUGUGCCUGUCCCUGGGUGCCCUGGCCCUGCUGCUGUGCCGUGCCCGUGCCCGGCGCCCAGGCCCUGGCCGAGCUGCAGAUGCCAUCUCCAACGCUGUCUACGAGGAGCUGGAUUACAAAGCCAUGGCCGAGUACCAGGAGGUGCCCACUCCCCCAGGUUCCCUGUUGGAGGGAUGGGGGAAGAAGCUGCCGUAUUCCAGCGGGGACAGCGUGGAGGGGAGUGACAGCGAGGCAGCCGCAGAUCCCCCUGCCCGGCACGAGCAAGGAAGCCCGGAUGGCUACGACGAUGUCCUGGCUGUGCCCCCGGAGCCCCCCGCUGCCAGCACUGGGGACAUGUGCGAGGGAGUGGCACGGCAGAGCUGGAUGUGUGUCCUCCCCACAGGCACCUUUCUGUGCUGUCCCCAAUGUGAGAUCUACAACCCUGCAAAUCCCCCAGCAGCCUCCGGGGACCCCUCGGAACAGCCCCCUGGACACAUGGACUAUGAUGAUGUCGGCAGCAGCGCCCCGGGGACGUUGCCCUGAGGAUGUCCUGGCCAUGCCGCAGCCCUGGGGACACGAGUGUGGCAGUGUGGUGGGGCCCUGUCCCCAGGGAGGGCUGGCCCUGCCCUCAGAGCUCAGCCCUCGCUGUCCAGCGCUGCAGGAAAACAGCUCCUGUGCAGGGAUUUUCCGUGAUUUCAGUGUGACUUUCCCUUUUUUCCUAUUAAAACCCAAACUGGUGAGAGA